UCCAGCAGUUGGUGGCCCGUCUGCCUUAUCGUGGAGGGGCCGUGAAUCGACGACAUUAGGCCGAGUGGUGUCGUGACUGCAUGAAGGGAUUACAGCGCACAAAUUCACACGGAAAUAUGUUUAAUACUAGAGAGGAGGUGUAGCAGUUCUGCAGCAACUUAGUGAAAUAAAAACGUCAUCAUGGGGAACAUCUUUGGAAAUCUGUUAAAAAGCCUUAUAGGGAAAAAGGAGAUGAGGAUUCUUAUGGUAGGACUUGAUGCUGCUGGGAAAACCACUAUUCUGUACAAGUUAAAGCUUGGGGAAAUUGUUACCACAAUUCCUACAAUAGGUUUCAAUGUGGAGACAGUGGAGUACAAAAACAUUAGCUUUACUGUGUGGGAUGUGGGUGGCCAGGACAAAAUCCGUCCCCUAUGGAGGCACUACUUCCAGAAUACACAGGGUUUGAUCUUUGUGGUUGACAGUAAUGAUCGUGAGCGAGUAAACGAAGCCCGGGAGGAGCUUAUGAGGAUGCUGGCAGAGGACGAGCUGCGAGAUGCUGUUCUGCUUGUCUUUGCCAACAAACAGGAUUUGCCGAAUGCCAUGAAUGCUGCAGAGAUCACAGACAAACUUGGCCUCCACUCUCUACGUCACCGCAACUGGUACAUCCAGGCCACAUGUGCUACGAGUGGGGAUGGUCUGUACGAGGGCCUGGACUGGCUCGCCAACCAGCUCAAGAACAAGAAAUGAGGGGUCCUGGGUCGUUAGUGUAGACGGAAGAGCCUGGUGCCAGCUCCAGGUAAAGAUUAUAAUGGGUCUGUUUACAUGUAGAGGCAGGACAGUUCCGAAUGGUGAUCUCUCCCUGAACUUAUAAUGUUACACUAUAUUAUGCCUUUUCUUAUUUAUUUGAGUCUUGAAUUAUCUUUGCUAUUUAAUUAAAGUAAAUAAUGUGCAAUAUAGGUUUAUACUGCACAGUAUAAAAUAUAUGGUUCUUAACAAAAUGUUAUUGUUUGGAAUACUGACCACAUUACCUUUUCAGAUUUUUGUUUGUAUUGAAAUUUUUAUCCAGAUACUUGAUGUGAAUGAUUAAGAAUGUGAAAAUAGUUUAGUGGCAUUACAGCUAAACAAGAUUACAAUAUCAUUAUCAUUGUUCAAAGCCUAUACAUAAUCAGAAUAAUGUAAUGUGCAUAACAGUGUUUUACUGUAAUCCAGUUUUCCUUCUCAGAGUUAUCUCAGUUGCUUAGGUUUUGUAAUUGCUCUUAUAAUCUUCAUAGAGUAGACAGUCUUUAUUUUAUUUUCUUGCAGAUUGCUUUAAACAUGUUAAUUUAUUGGUUAUUUGCCUCUUUACAAUCUUUUCCUUAAAUUGUUAUGUGCAUAAAAUGCUAAGGCAGCUGGUGAAAAAAACAGUGUAUAUUACGGCUUCCCUAAUCUGCAUGGAGAUUCUACUUUGGCUCACAAGUUUGUAGGGGCUGUGAACUCCUGCAGGCCACUGCUUCAACGUGCCUGGCUCAGCAUCAGUAAAGACCAAUUGUUUGGGAUAUAUAAUGAUGACUGAAGUGAAACAGGUGCUCUGCACAAGCUCAGUGUAUUAAAAACUGCUAUUGGCCGGCCUUGUAGAGAGCGAUGCAGUGGAGCAUGUGAUUGGCAAUAUUAGAAAUCUUGUAAGGUUUUGAAUGUUUGUUGUAGUCUUUUAGUGAGAGCAGCAGUAUUUUGCAUUUAACAUGGCUUUGAUCCUAAUUUAUCCAUCUGCGAUAAGUGUGACUCUUUUGUUUUAUGUGUUGCUAUAUCUCUGUUUCAUGUGGCACAAAAUAACUGCAUUACUAUUGUACAAUUUGUAAUGUUAUGUUAUUUCCUGUAUUUUGUGUUUAUCAACCAAAACAAAGUAUUGCUUUUAGUAGUAUUUAUUUUUCUUUGUUUUUAUGCCUAAGGUCCUACUGUGUACUGACACAAAACACACUAUUAGGUGAAAAGAUGUUGAUCGUAAUAAAACGUUAAGGCAUGUUAAUAUUGCACAAGAUCUGUAAUAAAAGUGAAUUGUCAUUUCUCA